GGGAGGUGGGAUGAUGAGGAUAGGCAGGGAUGGGCCAUAAAUGAGGUUAACUGGGACAUGGAAGGUAUUUCUUUCAUAGUCUGGUUUUAAUUUUCUCUAUAAGUUAAUUGUAUCAGACACAGUGACUUUAUUGACUGCAUAUUAGUAUUUAUUGACUACAUAUGAGUCAAUAAAUAAGUUCAGUAAGGGUGUUUAGCUGAAGCUUUCUCUUUAUUCAGGAUAAAUGCAAUUUGUAUUAAAUGGUGGUACAGUCAUUGAUCAUUAUUUGCAUUUUUUCACAGUUGUAAUCCCUUUAUCUUCCAGCAGUUCCUCAGGAUUCCCAGUCAGCAUCCACUCGUGUUGCUGAUGGAGCUGCUCUCCUGACCCCUCCAUUCCCCUCAGCUCCACCAGCAAUUCUGUCCUCCCUGCCAAAUUCCAAUUCCUUACUCCAAAAUACGGAGGUAGAAAAGCUUCUUGAAGAAAUAGAUGUGUCUCAAGCAGUAAGAGGGGUUUAAAACAAUUUCCAUAUUUGUGCACAGAAAUGACUAAUUAUUUUGACUGAGAAUUCAGGGGAGAGACAGGAGGGUGGGAAUAUCAGUCUGAGGCAGAUGCUUCAGUGUGUAAUUUCAGCACAAACUCUCAUUUGGCCAAGGUACAAGAAACUGAAAGCAGUUGAAGUGUUUUUAGGCUUCAAGAAGAAGAGAUUUGAUACAGUGGGUACUUUUCUGGAGUUCUCCUGCAAAGUCACACUCGUGGAAUUCGUGUUUAAUUUUAUACAAAGUCAUUUUGCAAGCUUAUCCUGGAAUGUUGGGCUGGGAGAGGGGUGAUGCCUCCAUCACACUCAUCCUCCCCAUGAAUCCCCCCACUUCCAAAGAAGUAGAAAUAAUUUUCCAUAAAAAGAUUCUUUCUGAAGAUUUUUUUUUCACUCUUACACGAGAGUAGGUUUGUCUACCCUGGUGAACCCAUCUAUUUUAAGGAAGAAAAAUAACAUCUUGAACUCUCCAUUUUGGUUCUUAGCCAGUUUGGAUUGUGAAUAAAACACCUCCCUUGCUACUUUGAUAGCUUUUAAAACCUAUUGGUAAGUUUUUCCUACUAUUCUACCUUUUUAUUUAUUUAUUUUCUUUAUUUUUACCUUGCUGUCCUUUUAUAUACAAUAUAAUUAGUCCCAUUGACUAAACAGUGGCCAGUGGCUCACAGAGGCUUCUGAGUGUUUUAAUACAGUUAUAGUAAGUCUAGAAAAUCAUUAGGUUUCAAAAUUAAAUAUUUUGGGUUGAGAUAUCAGAUAAUUGAGAGUGCAUUGUCUCAAACUAGGUAAAUUAUGCACACUUUUAUACCCUCAAACCACACAUUAUUGUAAUUGGUACAGAUAUUUCCACUUGUUCUCCUUCCCAGACAAAGUUCUGGGUCUUGGUGUUAGAAAGGUUUGGGUGAAAGUGAUGCCUGUUCCGAAGUGUUACAGUUUGAAAAAAGGUGAUGUAAAAUCCAGCACAGAUUUCCUUCUUUUUAAAAAGAAUAAAACAUUUUUUUACAGAGUUAUUGGGGUUUGUUUGUUUGCUGCUGUAUGUGAUGUUAAUUUAUCCAUCAUAAGCUCCACCACGGUUAUCACAGAGCUUUUUGCUGUUUCAGGUCUUGUCUUCAUCUGCCAUGGAAGAUUUGGGGUUUUUUUUAUGUGAAAAAAAAGUCAUUGUAAUUGGUUAUGCCAUGUAAAGGAAUAAUGGUUAAUUGUCAAAACAGUUUUUCCAAGAAAACUCUCUGGGAAAAAUGAUUUAAUUGUUCACUUGUUUUCAAAGUCUUGUUAAUGUGAUGGCAUAAACCAGUAAAGCCCUUGGAUUUACAACAUGGAAAUCAGCAAUGGUGAUAUUAUUUGAUAUUAUUUGAUAUUAUUUGAGUGGCACAGGAAGAGUCUGCUGUAUGAAAUGCCAGAAGUUUUUAUUUCUUCUAGUUUUGCAAUGGUUUCCCAAUGAGCGGAUCAGGAUGAGCACACUUUAGGGACUCGCCGUAGUAUGGCUGCUUCUCGAUCCACUCGUGUGACAAGAUCUACAGUGGGUUUGAACGGUUUGGAUGAAAACUUCUGUGGCAGAACCCUGAGGAACCGCAGCAUCGCUCACCCGGAGGAGGUCUCGCCCCAUCCGCAGAUCCGAUCGCGCUCACCAAAGAAGAGGCCCGAGGCCGUGCCGGCUCCCAGGGGCACCAACGGCGGCAGAGCCGCUGAGGUGAAGCAGCAGAGCGCUCGGGAGCCGUGGGUGAGCCCCAGGAAGAGAGGGCUGUCGGCUUCCGAGAAGGACCAUGCGGACAGGCAGCCCGCGGAGCACGGCGAGAGGCGGCCGGCGGAGCCCGCGUCGCCCGUGCUGAAGAGGAUCAAGCGCUGCCUGCGCUCCGAGGCUCCCGCCAGCUCCGAGGAGCUGCCUCCCAAAGCGGAGAAGGAGCCGGCGGAGCGCAAGAGCUCCGUGUCGGACAAUGACGCGGGCGCCAGGCGGGCUUGCCGGUGUCUCCUACUGGAUGACUGUGAGAAAAGGGAAGUUAAAAAGGUGAACGCCUGCGCAGAGGGGUUUCACAACUCUGCGGCGGCCGAGGAGGUUGCGGGUUAUCAGACUGUCAAUGGAGUUGGGGAGAGGGACUCCAAUUCUCUGAGCUGUGACGAGUGCCGGCUCGAUGGGAACGCCAAGCAGAACAGCGCCGGUGCCCGCCCGCCCAAGGACAAAACGGUAGCAGAAAACGGAAACUCGUUUGCCCAUUCUUCGUUGCCGCUUAACAGCGGCAAAGAGGACGGCGUUGUAGACCAUUAUGUGCCUUGCACAAACUCUCAAGAACAGGUAAAGUUGGAGGACCACAAAAUAAUAAAUGACUGCUUGCCCGAGGAGCGUGGCAGUCAGGCCUAUGAGCCAGCCCGGGGUCCUUUUCCGGAACUCCAGCCGUCUUUGUUGAGGGAUUCGGAGGAGGAGGUGGACGUGGUGGGAGACAGCAGUGCCUCUAAGGAACAGUGCGCUGACAACACCAACGGCAGCCCCAGCGCUCCUCACGACAGUGCAUCGUCGAUCUCAGGUGAACCUGAAGCGCAUCCUGCAGUGCUGAACUGCGGCCCAGCCCCGGUGACGUCCGUGCUGGACCUGCAGGAGCACAGAUACACGUUGAGAACUUCCCCCCGCAGGGCCGGCCCCGCCAGAGGCAGCCCCACCAAAAACAACUCCCCCUGCCGAGAGAACGGGCAGCUGGAGGAGAACAACCUUAGCCCUGCCGAAAAGAACGGACCUGUAGGUAUCCCCAGCGUCAAUGGAUCUCCCCAAAAGCCCGAAGAAAUCAAACAGAACGAAAAGGAGAGGAGUUGUAACGCGGGGGAUGGUGGCAGUGACGGGCUGAGGAAGCCGCUCUCUGAGACUAGGCUUGUUGCUGGCUGUGUCCCAUCUGCCAAAGAGAGUGCCAACAUCCACCCUGCAGAGGAGGAUGAGGAAGAGCCCGAUGUGUAUUACUUUGAGUCAGAUCAUGUGGCAUUGAAACACAACAAAGAUUAUCAGAGACUGUUACAGACGAUUGCUGUGCUCGAGGCUCAACGGACUCAAGCAGUUCAAGACCUUGAAAGUUUAGGCAGACACCAGAGAGAAGCACUGAAAGAUCCUAUUGGAUUUGUGGAAAGACUCCAGAAGAAGGUUGAUAUGGGUCUUCCAUAUCCUCAGAGAGUUGUUCAGCUCCCUGAGAUUGCCUGGGACCAAUACACCACUAGCCUUGGGAACUUUGAGAGGGAAUUCAAGAACCGCAAACGGAACAGCCGGAGAGUGAAGCUGAUUUUUGACAAAGUAGGGGUACCUGCAAGACCAAAAAGUCCUUUGGAUCCCAAGAAGGAUGGAGAGGCUGUUUCGUACUCUGUCUUGCCUUUAAGCGAUGGUCCAGAAGGUUCUACCAACAGUCGUCCACAGAUGAUAAGGGGGCGACUUUGUGAUGAGACCAAACCUGAAACCUUUAACCAGCUGUGGACUGUAGAGGAACAGAAAAAACUUGAGCAGUUGCUUUUGAAGUAUCCACCAGAGGAAGUGGAGUCCCGCCGGUGGCAGAAGAUUGCUGAUGAACUGGGAAACAGGACAGCAAAGCAGGUUGCCAGUAGAGUGCAAAAAUAUUUUAUUAAGCUGACUAAAGCUGGUAUUCCAGUUCCAGGAAGAACUCCAAACUUAUAUUUAUAUUCCAGAAAGUCAUCGAGUAGACGGCAACACCCUUUAAAUAAACACCUUUUCAAACCUUCAACUUUCAUGACAUCCCAUGAACCCCCCGUUUACAUGGAUGAGGAUGAUGACAGAUGCAGCUUUCACAGCCACAUGGACACUGCAGCAGAAGAGGAAGUGUCGGAUGAAGAGAGUAUUCCAGUGACAUACCGAGAGUUACCCGAGUACAAAGAGCUGCUGGAGUUUAAAAAGCUGAAGAAGCAGAAGCUGCAGCAGAUGCACGCAGAGAGUGGCUUUGUGCAGCACGUGGGCUUCAAGUGCGACAACUGCGGGAUCGAACCCAUCCAGGGGGUGCGGUGGCACUGCCAGGACUGCCCCCAGGAGAUGUCCUUGGAUUUCUGUGAUUCCUGUUCUGACUGUCUGCAUGAAACAGAGAUUCAUAAGGAAGAUCACCAGUUAGAACCUAUUUACAGAGCAGAGACAUUUUUAGACAGAGACUACUGCAUGUCCCAGGGCACCAGUUACAAUUAUCUUGACCCAAACUACUUUCCAGCAAAUAGAUGACAUGGGAAGCAGAUCUCCCACCUUGGGUUUCCUGUCCUCUUGGCAAAAUAACAAUGGCACCAUUGUUAACUCUGUGCACAUUUUGGAAAGACUCUGCUUUCCCUGAAAUGUCACUCACAGCGUGACAGCUUCCUGGGUGCACUUGUGCAACUGCAGCUCGGGGCUGUCAUGGCUCUGUAGAUCACUGAACAGCAGCUGAACAUUCCUGGUGUGCAGGAGGUUUCACUGGGAGGCUUUUCUCACCACGUCAGACACUUUUUAGGGGGUGGUGAAUCUGAGCAAAAAGAGAAAAACAUUCAAAAAGGGUGAGCCAGAACUGAGAGCACACGUUAAAGGCAGAGGAAAAUUCCAAAGGCUUCGAAGAACUUGGUUAAUAAUGAGAUCAGAGGAGAUGAAGUAUUUAUAUAAAACCAGUUUAGUAGCUUGCAGUUUUGUUGUGAAAUAGUUUUCAGCACAGUAACUGACUUCUUUAGGCGAGGUUUUAACCAAUGACAGUGUUUGCUUCUAGGCUGUACUCUAAAAAUCCUCCCUGUCUGGGCGAGGGUUGGUUCCAGGCCUUUCUUCAGUCGGAGCUGCUUGAUCAUGUUCGACUUUCGAUUUUUUUAAUUUGUUUUUUUAAAACCACGAUGAACUCUAAUUUACCAACAGCGAAGCACUACAGGGGGCAACUGUGGCAUUGCUUCCUUAACCAGCUCAUGGUGUGUGAAUGUUAUAAAAUUGUCACUCAGAUAUAUUUUUUAAAUGUAAUGUUAUAUAAGAUGAUCAUGUGAUGUGUACAAAAUAUGGUGAAAAGUGCCAGUGCUAGUAACUGUGUAAAGUCUCUAAUACUCGACAUUAACUCCUUUAAAAUAAAAUACACAGCCUUCUGCCUCUGUAUUUGGAGUUGUUAGUGCAACUCAUCAAAGAAAAACUGCCUAAUAUAAAUCAUAUAUAUGGUAAUAAUUUUUCCUCUUUUGUAGUCUGCACAAGAUCCAUGAAAGAUUGUAUUUUUAUUACUAUUUAAACAGUGAUUAAAUUUAGCCUGAGCAGUGAGCAAGGGUUCACAUGCAUUCUUUUAUACUGCUGGAUUUUGUUGUGCAUCAUUUAAAACAUUUUGUAUGUUCCUUCUUAUCUGUGUAUACAGUAUGUUCUUAAAUAAUGUUCGAUUGUCAGGAGAACUGUGAGAAAUAAACUCUGUGGAUCCAGUCUGUUUAUACAUAGAA